AGCCUGGCCCUAGCGCUGAGAAACAACGCCAACGAGGUGCUCGACAUGCCAGUAGAUCCGAAUGAGCCUAUCUAUUGCUUUUGUCAUCAAGUUUCCUUCGGAGAGAUGGUCGCCUGCGAUAAUCCUUCAUGCCCCUAUGAGUGGUUCCACUUUGGCUGUGUUGGGCUCAAGGAAGAUCCUGUAGGCCAGUGGUUCUGCCCUAGUUGUAGCGAACUCCAGGGAUUAGCGUGA